CUUGCUUUCUGCUCCAGCUUUCUCUACUUCUCUCUUGUACGCUGCUAUCAUCCCCACUUCCAACUCAGAAGCUUUCUGAACAAUGAAGUCAGCUGCACUUUACUUUGCUGGCUGUGAUGAGCAACCCCAUUUUCUUGAUUCUUGUUUUCUUUGCAACAGACCUCUGGCUCCUAACAGUGACAUCUUCAUGUACAGAGGGAAUACUCCAUUUUGUAGCCAGGAGUGCAGGCAAGAGCAGAUAGAGAUAGAUGAGGCUAAUGAGAGAAGAUGGAACAGAUCAUCAAACACCAACAGAAAAACAGCUGAUUCUAGGAAAGAAUCUAAUGAAGGUGUAAGGACUGGUGCAGUUGCAGUGGCCUAAUCAAACAAAAUAUUGCCAUAUAGUCUGCAAAGCCUAUUUAAGACCUCUUAUGGUGAAAAAGAAAAAAAAUAAAGCAAAUAAUGGAGGGCUAUCCAUAUUGAGGGCUCGAGUUUGAUGAUUAUCUUGUAAACUAGCGGUGGGGAGGAGAAAAUGAAGAGUGAGAUGCCCAUCAUAAAAUUUUGAUUCUUUUCUUUUUCCUUUGCCUCUUCCCUUCGGAAAAUCUUGUUUAGUACUAUACAACCACCAGCAUCCAGAACUGGCAUGGCAUGAGAUGUGCAGUCUUCAUAAUGAUGUUUAUUUUCGAUGCUAAUCUAUUGAAAUGAAAUCAUGGUAACAUGUUUCUACAUGAUCA